CACAUGGGUGAAUGGCGAAACAAAGAAGCCUAGCUAAGGAAAUGUUUUAGUUUCAACUCAGGAUUCCCAUGUUGGUGCAAAAAGUGAGAACUGUGUUGUUGGACCUGUAUUGUAUGGCGGGUCCAUGCUGGAAAAUUGAGUGGUACAAGAUGAUUUUGUUCUGUGUGUUUUCAUCAGAUCAAACCAGUCACUCAGUCGUUUAGCUCAAUAAUGCAACAACAAAAAGUUUGAGCCCUUCAAACCUAGUAUGGUUGCUGAAUUUGUCUCUGUGUAUCAUGAAUCCAGCAUUAAAGAAAAAGUACCCAAUGAAGUGAAUUUAAAUGUUCAGGGUCAGCUGCAUAGUCUGUUAGUCGAACUGGCACAGACGUGCCAUUUGUCGGAAAUAACAAGAAUUCCAAUCUCAAGCCCAUGUUGCAGGGAUCAGCAGCCCCAUCCGUUUGGACAGCAGUUGUUUUCAUCAUUCUAUGGAAAUUGGUGGACAGAUUUGGAGCGCCGUGAAGCGCUGCCGAGUUUGGAUCGUGAACCAACUGGAUCCUUUAUUCAUUAUAGGCUGAAGAAGAAUCUCGGUUCUCUGGUUUUCUCAAAUGACUUUGGCGUAACAACUUGCACGUCUCAUCCAGGAGUAGCUCACUUAUCCACUCCCGCCAUAUGGAGAUCAGCGAAGGAAACCGUCACUCCGCAGCCAAAUUGUACAGUGGCGUAUCAAAUUAGAUCCACUCACCAUUUGACAUCGGAACCCACUGCUUGCUCCAGUCAAUCUGCAGGACAACGUUCCAGCGAUCGACAGUUUCCUGGUAGGUCUAUCAAAUGGACCCGCAUUACUAAAUGGUCGAAAUUGUUGGGGCUUCAAUUGAAACUGAUUUCCAGCUAACAUGGAUGCUAUCAACGUAUUGAAACAGCACGCCCACGCAGCAGUUGUUCAAGUUUGCUUGAAAACUAUCUUAUGCAAGGGAGUUGACGCCAGGAACAAUUAUUUCUAAACACAUAAUUAGGCUUAAUAAUUUCAAUUUGCGUAAUCUUGACAAAUAAAGUUAAGAUUUUUCACAGAUAUUGCAUGAGAUAACUGUUGACCUUAAAUAGUGAUAAACUUUUACAGCUUUCACUUUCCUUUACGUCCUGUCUAUAUCUAGCAUCCUACUUAACGAGAUAUAAUGAUUUAAUAUGGUGUAGGUAAAAUCUGCAGCACAUCUUUAGCGUGAAUAGAUAUAUUUAACCAAAUGAACGACAUUUUCAGUCGUCAUGCCGGAUGUGUCAAACUGUAAAUCCUACAAAAACUAUUUUGAUAAGGUUUGGCUUUUAGGCGGCAACCUCAAGUAAUGUAGCUAAGAUUAUGCAAAUCAUGUUAUCUCAACACUCUUUAUAAAGGCCUUGAAGCUUUCAGGCCAAGUCCAGACAUCGUCUGUAUAGUUGCUG